UGUUACAACCUAAUAUACCAAAAACCUCCUAAUUCUAUUAUAUAUGACAAAAUCUUCAUUUGGUUACUACUAAAUAUAUUUUUUUUUAUUUGAUGAUCUUCCACUUCCUUCCUUGCUAAGGAAAGUUGUCCCAUUUAUCUUCACUUGUUCCACUUAUCGACACCAACACCACUGUAGCACUCAAUUGCCAAGGAAAAACCAUGGAACAGCCUCUUCUUUCAGAGAAAAGAAGUGAAGUUGAAGAGAGUGAGAGGUUGAGCUCGUAUCAGUACGUGGGGAGAACGGGGUCGGUGAUCCCAACGGCUUCCUUGGCGGGAACGGAAGUUAGCAUCGAAGAGAUUCGGUCAGCGACUUCUUUUUCUGGUCAUUACCCGCCUUCCAUUCAUGCUCCUUUGGUCAGCUCCCCCGAGCCCCAUCCUAUCGAGCAAGCUAUUCUUCAUCAAGGUCCUAGCACAACAGAUUAUGGCACAUACUCCAAUGAUUUUCAGAGGCAAUUAUUGGAUGAGGUAGAGAUACGAGAGUUGCUCAUUGAUCAUAUUGGUCAUAGAUGCUGUUGGGGGAGUCAUCCUGCUCGGACAUGGAAGAUUCAUGCUGUUGAGGAUUGCAAUGUUUAUGUGGGAACUCUAGAAACUUUCUUAGAAGAGAGAGAAGUAGUGCGAGAAACAGAACCUUACCUUGGUGGCAACAUUGAUGGAAAAGAUAACAGUCCUGAACCUGGCCUUUGGGAAUUGGAUCUAAGAUCACAAUUCCCUGUUCUCUUUGUACAUUAUAAAGAAACAAGAGUCAAGAUUCCUCAUAGUGAGACCAUUGAGAAAUGUUCAGGUUGUGCAGGACAAGGAGAUAUUGCAUGUCCUACAUGCAAUGCAGACCAAGAACCUGGAUUUUAUAAGCAAAAUCAGAUGUCCCAGUGCCCUGCUUGCUAUGGAAGGGGAUUAAUUGCCCACAAAGACGGAUCAGACACUAUAUGCACAAAAUGUGAUGGGAAAGGAAAGAUUCCUUGCGCUACUUGUGGAUCUCAUGGCUUACUAAAGUGUGAGACAUGUAAUGGAAACGGUUCUCUGUUGACUCGUAAAAUUGCCAUUAUUAAAUGGAAAACACUUUCAACUCGAAAAGUAAGUGCAACAAGUGGAGCAGCAUCAGUUCCAGACGAGAUUUUCCAUAGGGCCAAAGGGGUUCAGUUGUGCAACACCCAGGCAUAUCAGUGCACUCCAGCCUUUUUUGCCGACUCUUUCUUCCUCAACAAGUUCUCUUCUGACAUUAUUGCAGACAGGGCUUCUGUACCUCCUACUGCCAGGGUCAUUUGCGAGAGACACGCAAUCUCUGUGGUGCCAGUGACACGUGUCACCAUGACUCGUCAUCGUCAAUCUUUCAGUUUCUACAUUGUUGGAUUCAGCCGGGAUGUGUACUUGAAGGACUACUAUCCCGCUCGGUUUUGCUGGGGCUUAUGUCCUUGCCUGGAAUGGUUGAAGGUGUAAUGAGGCAGAUUUUGAAGUUAAAAGAGAUUGUUUCUCAGUUAUUUAUGCUACUCGUAUUUGUAGGUUUUUCAUGUGGCUGAUAAUAAAUUGGUUGAAUUCCUGUGUUCAAUAGAUUACAGUGUGUAAUUUCCAUGUGAUAAACAUAAUUAUUCUUGCAUUACAACAGUUUGUGCUUUUCUUUUCUAUGUAACCGUUCUUUAACUACUUUUCUUCUGUACCAUUCCAGCCUUUUCUUAUUUUUGAAUGUCUAAUGUCUUGAAUCUUGGUGACUGAUUGAAGUUCACAUUUUCCUGUAGCCUUUUACUUAGAGAUAAGAGUUAAAGGAAAAGCUCAAAGUCCAUAGGUAAUGUCUGUGAGGGAACAAUUUUUUGUUUCAUUUUGAAGCCCCAUAACAUCAAGAAUCAGGAUGGUUUCAGUAGAAAUCAUCUAAAAUGCAAUUUGAAAUCUCAUCCAAGUAUCUUUAAGGUGUAAGGGGGAUGAUCAAUGCUUUUGCACAGUGUCAAAAGAUUUUAAAGCGCAAAUCCAACUUAAAUAUACCAAAAC